GUUGCGACGCCUGUUGGAGUUCGAGCGAAAGAGCGAAGGGAAGCAAAAUGGCGGAACUUGAAGAUGUUACGCUGGAUGGUAAACCUUUACAAUCGCUUCGUGUGGCGGAUUUAAAACUCGCUUUGGAACAACGAAAUUUGCCAAAAAGCGGGCAGAAAAAUGCACUUAUUAAGCGACUGAAAGGGGCACUGAUGUUGGAGAACCUCCAGAGAACAUCAACUCCUCACAUUGGACUCCAGCCCAACUCCCAGAUAGGGGAGGAGAUGAGUCAGAACAGCUUUAUAAAACAGUACCUGGCCAAACAGCAGGAGCUGCUUCGACAGAGGCUGGAGCGGGAGGCCAGGGAGGCUGCGGAGGCCGACGAAAGCCCGGCCAUCCCAGAAGAGAUGGACCUCACCGGGGGCAACGACGGGUCCUAUCUCCAAGACAAGCACCACCCAAUGCCCUCUCAGCCUCCAUUGACCAGGGCAGAAGAAGAAGGAGGUGGACUGCCAGGAGGUCCACUGAUGAUGGGCCAGGGGUUGAUGGGUCAAGGGAUGAUAGGUCAAGGGAUGAUGGGCCAAGGGCUGAUGGGCCAGGGGCUGAUGGGCCAGGGGCUGAUGGGCCAGGGGCUGAUGGGCCAGGGGCUGAUGGGCCCGGGGAUGAUGGGCCACGGAAUGAUGGGCCAGGGGAUGAUGGGCCCGGGGAUGAUGGGCCCGGGGAUGAUGGGCCAGGGGAUGAUGGGCCAGGGGAUGAUGGGUCAAGGGAUGAUGGGUCGCAGGCCAGACUUCAGCUCUGGAUCUGUUCCCCAGGAAUCCUCUGACACCCCUGGGGGCCGUAUCCAGCGCCCUCCCCUCCACCCAGGCCACGAAGAGCCCGCCACCCCCUCCCCACCCCGGGCAGUGGCCUCCUUGUCAGUGCGUGUCCUGGGCCAGCCUGAGCGCCAGGGCCUGCCCCCCUCCAUGCCCCGCCCCCAGGAGAAGGAAGGCAUUGCCCCCUCAGAGCCAGGCUCCGCCCACCCCGUGCUGCACCAGAGCCGGUCCGCCGGUGCGGCAGCUGGCCGCGCCCACGACGACAGCGAUGACGACGACGAUGACGACGACAGCGAGGAGGACGAAGAGUGGGGCCCGGCGGCGGGGGCGAGGAGAGGUGUGGGUGGACGAGCCCCCCCCAUGCCCCCGCAGCCCUCCCCCAGUGUCCCAACGGCUGGCCGGGAGAGAUCCAGACGCAAGCUCCAACCCCCGCAGCACAUCCCCCCACAGCAGGUACACCAACCCCCCAUGCUGCGCCAACCCACCCCACCCCCGUCUCCACCUCCAGAGCUCUCCUUCCCUCUCCCUGACACCCCCAAGCAGAGCCCGCCGGACAUGGAUGAGCCAGAGGGAGCAGGGCCCGGGAUGGCAGGUGGGGCAGCUCGCCCCCCUCCAGGGCUCCAGAGGCAAGACUCCGACUCCAGUUCCCGCUCAAGCAGCCCAGAGCCGCCGCAACAGCGCCGGCCUGGCCCCCUCUCCCUGCUGGCCCGCAAGAUGGAGUCCGAGGGAGCCUUCGGUGCGGAGGGACGGAAGAGAGGCGAGGAUGGCCAGGUGGGUCCUGUCAUGGCUGGCUCAGGAGAGAGCUUGCCCGGGGUAGGAGAGGGGCCAGGUGUGGUUGUGUUCCCUGGAAGUGCUCUCGCCCACACCGGCAACUCAGCGGGUCACGUUGUCCCCGUACCCGAGAUUCUUUCCCCGGUUGACAUGUCGGCGACUCGUCCCACGGCCGUCCCCACCAUCACCCUCGGGUCCGCCUCGGAGCUCCAGAGACAGGCUGAAAGGGAUAAGGGACAAACGGAGGAGAAGAAAGAAAGGGAGAGCAGUCUGCCGCCAUGGAAACGUGGAAGAGACUUCAGCUCCGCAGCCCUCUCUGCUGCAGCCGCAUCUCAGGUGGGGGCGGAGGAACCUCCAGGAGACCAGGGGGGGUCGGCCGCGUCCCCCCAGGCAUCCAGGAAGUCAUUCUUCCAGAGGGACACGCCCCAGGCCCCAACCUCCCCUCCAGGCACCACGAGGAAGCCCCGCAUGUUCUCCGACACCUCCACCGGUUCCAUGGUGUCUGCCGCCAAGCCAGACCACCCUCUCCGCCAGGGGGUUCUGGUCUCAGGACCCCAGUCCACAGACAUGGAGGUCACCGCCACACCACCCGACAAGGCGUCCCCCAAGAAGCCAGACGGAAAUGACGUGGAGAUGCCCAAUAUGGAAAUCAAAAAGAGGGGUCCGUUGGAGUUCAAGGAUGUUCCAGUGAAGAGCCAGUUGGAGCCCAUGGGGCCUGUGUUGCCCCCUGUAGCCCCAGCCGGUAAGGUGGCAGAGAGGGGGAGGCAGGAAAAGAAGGAUAAAGGCAAGAAGUCCCCUGCCUCCAGCGCCUCGUCAUCCUCCGACUCUGACUCUGGAUCGUCUUCAUCAUCGGGAUCCUCCUCCUCCUCCCAGGACAAGUCCCGCGCCACCAGGCUAAAGAAGAAGGCCGCCCCAGGAAAGGGGGAUGGACAAAGAGGACAAGUUAAAGGACAGUCCAAAAAACUCCCUGCAAGGGAGGUGAAGUCUCAGCCCAGUGGCCCUUCGGUGAUGGAGGUGGACCAGGACUCUGAGAGCUCCCCAGCCCAGGCCGUCCAGGAGGCCGACCCCGACCGCAGUGAGGUUCGUCUGGAGGAGAGCUCUACUCCUAAGGCUUUUGCAGCCCGCAAGAUCUCCCUGACCAGCAGCAAGACUUCUCCAGUUGGCGGCGAGGCCGGUGCGGGGGAGGCGGAGUCAGGAGGGCUGGGCGGGAGGAAGAGGAGGUGGGGCUCCAGCACAGCAGUCACUGCCAAGAAGCCGUCCAUCAGCAUCACCACCGACUCACUCAAGUCUCUGAUCCCAGACAUAAAGGCCAGCCAGGAGGCGGUGGUUGAGCUGCACCCAGAGGAGCUGCACCUGUCUGGGGAGGAGGAGGAGGAAGAGAGGGGUGAGGAGGACACUCCCUCCAGGGAGAACAGGGAGGACCAGGGCCUGGACAAGGGCCUGCAGAUCAGACGCACAGUCACUCAGGUGGUCCCUGGUGAGAGCCAGAAGAACGGGCAGAGAGACCAGAGGGAUGAGGAAGAGGAGGAGAAACGGGACCAGGAGAGAGGAAGGACACGCAAGGACAGGAGAAAGAGCAGCGCUUCAGAAGACGCCUUGAAGACCGAGCCCUCCGCACAGGACGCCGACGCCCAGAAAGUCACCCCCAGCGACACCCUGGUGCGCCGCUCCAUCAGCCAACAGAAGUCCGGCGUGUCCAUCACCAUCGACGACCCCGUCCGCUUGGCCAAGCAGCCCUCCCCGCCCCGCGGCAAAGUCUCCAAGAUCGUCCACGUUUCCAACCUGGUGCGACCUUUCACCCUGGGCCAGCUGAAGGAGCUGCUGAACCGCAGCGGCUCCCUGGUGGAAGAGGGCUUCUGGAUUGACAAGAUCAAGUCCCACUGCUACGUCACUUAUGCCACUACAGAGGAGGCAGUGGCCACUAGGGCAGCCCUCCAUGGGGUGAAGUGGCCCCAGAGCAACCCUAAAGUCCUCAGCGUGGACUUCUGUGAACAGGAAGAGCUGGACUUCCACCGGGGUCUCCUGGUCGUGGAGCGGGCCGGGGAGGAGCAGGGGCCCCACCCCGGGGGUCCUCACGGCCGGCCGGCCGCCCUGCCCCCCCUGAUGCCCGAGCGCGGCGGGCUGGGAGGGGCGCGGGACCAGUGGGCUGAGCGAGAGAGGGAGAUGGAGCGUCGGGAGAGGACCCGGGCAGAGAGGGAGUGGGACCGGGACAAGAUCCGAGACUUUGGGAGGCCGGGGGAGGAGGGCAGACGCUCCCCCUCCCGGGAGAGGAGGAGGAAGGAGAGGGGGAAGAGCAAGGAGAAGAAAACCGACAAAAAGGCGGAGAAAGGAGACGAGCCUCCAGUCAAACUGCUUGACGACCUGUUCCAGAAGACCAAAGCAGCUCCAUGUAUAUACUGGCUUCCCCUCUCAGAGGAGCAGGCGGCUCAGAGGGUGCUGGACCGCGCCGAGCGGCAGAAGGAGAGAGAGAGGCGACGAAAAGAACUGCAGGAGGAGGAGGAGAAGAAACGCGAGGAGGAGCGGAAGGAGAGGGUCAAAAACAGAGAGAAGGAGGGUGGGGCAGCUGCAGCUGCUGGAGGAGGAGGAGGAGGUGGAGAUCGAGACAGGGAGAGGGAGAGAGACAAGGGGAGGGAGCGGGGCAGGGACAGAGAGGGGGGGGAUAAGAGGAGGGAGGGAUACAGACCCCACGCCCCUUCCGGGGGCGUAGUUGCCGGACGGCGCUCCCGUAGCCGUAGCAACCCCAGAGACAGACGCCGCUGAGGUGCGCUGGUCUGACGAGGGGAGGGAGGGAUGGAGAGAGAAGGAGGGAGGGAUGGAUGGAUGGAGAGAGGAGAAGGGAGGGAGGGAGGGAUGGAUGGAGAGAGGAGAAGGAGGGAUGGAAAGACAGGGGAGGAAAACAAACAAACGUGCCAGAAUGCGGGGAUUAAUUAGCCCGUCCUCCACCUUGAGAGGGUUUCCUUUUCUCCAGAGUAUGCCCAGCCUCACUUAGCCGUCUGUCUCCCUCACUGCUUCAGGUUGACCCGUUUAAAAGCCGGACGUCUCCCCCCCCUCUCUGUCCUGCUGUCUCUGCCCCCCCCUCUUGUACAUUAUACUGUGUUGGUCUCACAUCUAGGUUGAUUUGAAGUGUUUUUAGCAAAGUAUACAUGCCAACUCUCUCUCCGACUCCCACUUUUUCCUCUUUCGCUCUUUCUUUCUCUCCUUUACGUCUAUCUAGAGCGCUAUGCCUUUCUCGUAUGGCCUUGUGCUCUCUCCCCCCCGUUUUUUUUAUACCAGAGAAACUAGUGAAAAGACAGGUUGGUUUGGAUGGGUAGCUAGCUGGCACCUAGCUUGUGCCACUCCCUGAGGUUUGGAAUGAGAAACUCCCCGUUGAAGCUCUGUGGUCACACAGUUCGAAGUCCCCUGUAAUAAAGCGGCUCCCAAAUAGCCCUUCUGAAAUAUGUGCUAGAAUUCAGUUUAGUGUCUCCGCUCUUUCACGUUCCUGAUACUUUUUUUCUACCGACCGUCGUCUUUGUGGGAUCAUAUGAAGGAGUUAUUUUUUUCUUUUUCUUGCUUUUGAAGUUUUACGAAUCAUGUAAAUUUCAGCUUUGGAGGUUUUGUGUGUUUAAUAUAGCGUGGUUCCGCCCCCUCCUCCCCACCAAGGGUUCAGUGACAUGUCGUUACACUGUUGACAGAAUGCUUGAAUUUGAAACUAGAAACAUUUGUCUUUCCCUUGUGACGGUUAUAGACAUUAUACGUGUGUUGUGUAGGGGGGGGGGGGGGGUGAGGAUUAUUUGAAAGGCACACCGUUAAGCAUGUAUAAUGUUCUGUAUUUGGUUGUCUCCGGUGGAUGUUUGGGGAUGGAGGCAGAAUCCUGAGAGGGUUCUAGAACACUCGUCACACCACCAUUCUCCCUGCCCACUUUUCUGUAGAAUGCUCAGCUGAUUGGCUGAUCUCAAAUCAAUUGAUGGGAAGGGUUUCAGGUGUACACUACUGAGAAAAAUGGAGGGUUAGGGUGUGAAGUGGUACUGGUCUUGCCUCUUCUAGUUGCUUCUCCAGGUAGCAGUGAUGACCCUUCCUGCCCCGUUUCUUUCCGCUGUUCAAAUAAGGGAGUUUAUCCUAAAUAGAUCUCACAAGUAAUUAUUACUGUUUUAAUAUUUUGGAAUUUUAUGUGUUUGAAACUGAUUUUCUAAUUUUGCUCCAAUUAGAUUUUUUUUGUCGGUUUAUUUUUGUUUUCCUCCUGUAAGUACUGAAUGUACAAAGAUUAAAACAAUAAAUUUAAAGUUAAACA